AUGGUAAAGUCGGCCGUAAUUUGUUUCAAUAAGGUUCCUAGCGUAACGGCAGGAAAUCCCCUGCGUGUCGUUGUGGUCUCCGUCCUGGCAUGUCUGCUCCUCUGGCUCGUUUGGUCGAGAAGUAGAAGGCACCCUAACUGGAACAAGCUUCCGCCAGGCCCGAAGGGACUGCCUCUAGUUGGCAACUUGCCGUUCCUCAGCAAGUGUUUCGAUCCCGCUCAGUGCAAGGCAUGGGCCGAGAAGUACGGGCCGGUCUUCAGGAUAAACAUGGGUCCGGGGAACGUGGUGAUCCUGAACGACUUCAACUCCAUCAAGAAAUACUUCUGCAAACCGGAAGUCCUUUAUCGACCUUCAGACUGGAUCCUGACGCAUUCAGGUGUUGUCGGGGUGGCGACUAUAAAUGGCAAAGCCUGGGUCGACAACAGGCGGUUUUGCAUGCAAGUGCUGCGGGAUCUGGGUGUCGGCAAGAAAUCAAUGGAAAAACAUAUUCAGGAGGAGUCUCAAUACCUGGUCGAAAAAAUAGCCGAGACCAAAGGACGUGCCACCGACGCGCAAGAGUUCCUCACGCCGAGCGUGUCUAACAACAUCACGGCUCUGGUGUUCGGCCGUCGCUACCCGUAUGAAAACGCAAGCCGCAAGUACAUGGACGACCGCCUCGAAAGAGUCAUCAAGGUCCUCAGCAGGGGCUCCAUCGUGGGCAUCCUGCCAGCCUGGGUCUUCAGCAUCCUCGUCCGCAUUCCUUCGACGACAAGCAACGUCAUCAAGACGAUUGCUGACGACCUGCUUGGUUACGCAAGUCAGAAAGUAAAGGAGCACCUGGAAUCUUCAGAACUUCGAGCUGAGCGAGACUUCAUCGAUCGAUACCUGAGUAAAAUCAAGGAAAACGAUUGGAAUCCUGACUCCAGCUUUACCAUGAAUCAUUUAUUGGGCAACGUGCUGAGCUUCUUCAUAGCCGCGUCCAACACAGUCCGCACUUCGGUGCAGUGGCAUAUGCUCUGCCUGGCGGCUAACCGGGACACUCUUCAGCUGAGGAUCCAGCGGGAGAUCGACGAGGCGGUCGGCAAGGACAGGGCACCCACGUGGGAAGACCGCGACAAGAUGCCCUUCACGGUAGCCUCCAUCUGGGAGAUGUACCGGUGGAGGACGGACUCGCCCUUCGGGGUACCCAGAGCAGCCGGUGAAGACACCUUCUUCGGCGAAUACUUCAUUCCCAAAGGAACCAUCGUCAUGGCUAACUUUCGAGCGGUUCACAGCAAUCCGAAACUGUGGAAAAAUCCGGAACGCUUUGAUCCUACACGGUUCUUAACCGAGGGAGGUGCGCACCUGGCUCCAAAACCGGAUUAUCUCAUCCCCUUUUCUGUCGGCAAACGGAUGUGUCCAGGCGAGACGCUAACCACAGUGGAGAUCUUUCUGUACCUGACGUCCCUCUUGCAGAGAUUCGACAUUCUUCCCGAGGAAGGAAAGGCCAUCAACCUUGCGCCCGUCAGCGUCACCUUCAACAUUCCUUUUCCUCAGAAACUUCGUUUCGUACCUCGUUGUAAAGACUGA